ACAAUUUACCGUUGCUUUCCCUUCAAGUACAUCUAAUAUUUGAUUAAUCAGUCGAAGGUCACUCACUUCUCGUUCUUCGAAAGUUCAGCCAUGGGAUUCCGCUGUGGCUUCUUCAUCUUCUGCCUCUUGAUUUGUUCAUCUGUGGCUUUUCAAUCCGAUGAGCUUCUCCUUGAUGAUGACGAAUUUGAAGGGACGCAGAAAAUUCAGUAUACCGACGCCGCUCAUACUCGAUCCACACCUCCUCCAAGUCGUCCGACGUCGACUAGGAGGCGAUUUUCAGAUCCUGAUUCGGAUUCUAAGGUUCAAUUUCAGCUAGAGCACUCAUUUGGGGACUCUGAUUUUGCUCCUGCUGGCCUUUUUACUGCACGUCUGAAGACUUCGAGCCAUGGUGGUCAGUCACUAACAAAGAUGCGGUUUUCACGAGAUGCUUUUACCGAAGAGGACAGGAAGAAGUUCACGACCUUGUUGCAAGAAGAUGGUUUCUACACCGUUAGAUUGGGAACAAAUGUUUUGGAGUCCUCAGGAGAGAGCUAUGUUUACUCAUCAGUGAAAUCAAGAUGUCUUGUGCGAGGAGAGUUGGAUGAGCAUUUUGUCAUACACAUGGAUGGUGUUAAUAUUUUGGCUAUUAAUUAUGGUACCCCUGGUGCAUGCCCUUUUCCCAGACAACUGAAACUUCCUUCAAAAUGGUCUUUCAACUCCUUCACGUUUUUGAAGAGCGGUGAGCAGGCUCCUAGGACACCUGUAUUUGCUGAGGAUAUUCUUGUUGGUGAGACUGGAGAAGGGGAAGGUGUAAAGCCACCUGAGAAGUCAUUUUGGGCUAAAUAUUGGAUGUACCUGAUACCACUUGGAUUGAUUGUUAUGAAUGCCAUAACACAAGCAAUGAACAUGGCUGAAGAACAGGUUAGUGGCCAAGCAGCAGGACAAGCACAACCACAGCAAUCAGCUGCUGCAGUACAGCGCGGACCAGGUUCUUCUGCAGUACGACGAAGAUAGAAACUUUAGUUGAGUUAGAAAAAUGGGCAGGAAGGCACCUGUAUGAGUCGGUUUGUUUUCCUCGUAGUUUUCAACGUAAUGAUUGAACAUAGCAAUUUCUUUUUCAUUUUUCUUUCUUUUUGGCGAUGUAUUCUAGCUUUCAGUAGCAACAGAAACUUUGUUAAAGAGCAGAAUUCUGUAAAUCCCAUUUAUUUGUUUGACCGAUCAAUUUCCAUUUGAGAUUCCCAGUUAAAUUUACUCUGAAACAUUUAUAUAUUAUUUUCGAA